UUAUUAAGACAUUGACAAGUAUGUCACGUUAUUUCAUAUGACCCUAUGAUCUGACCGUAUUUCAGAUUUAAAAUUACAUCACGUUUCUCCAAAAUUUUCAGCAAAUAUCACUUAUUGAGCUGAAGGCUCUACAGCGCUCCCAAUUAAAUCGUUAUUAAAUUACGCAAUGCACUUUGAGUCAUAUUGAGAAGAGAAUCUAAAAAUCAACAAAAAAAUGAGUGAGCAGAAGAGCACCCCAAAAAACGACGAUAAGGAGCUGGCCGAUUUACUUGAUAGUGCUCUGCAGGACUUUGGAGAACAGGCUGGCCCCAAAAAUGAUAAGGAAACCAAACCAGAUCCAGCUAAUGACCAGGCAACUAUUGAAACAGAUGUUCCCCAAGAAUGGUCUACUGAAUUUGUUCAACAAGCCGCCCUUCAGUUUGAGGAAAACUUCGCGAGACUGUUAACUGGAGGUGGUGCCAAUAGUGAAAUCUCCCCCGAUGUGGUCCAGGAAAAAAUGAAGCAAAUGGCAGAUGCAGCUCAGCAGGUUCUGACCAAUCCAACUGAAGUGUCUGACCAAUCGGUAGAUUUCGCAGCGAGUAUAUCACAAGCAAUCGCUGGUCUAAAUCAGGGGCAGGAGAACCUCAAAGCCCAGUUUAAUGAGGACGAUUUGCUCAAAAUGUUCGGCGCUGGCGGUCCCGGCCAGGAGAACGAUUUACUGCCGUUCAUGCAAGGCAUGAUGCAAGGGUUAUUGUCCAAAGAUGUGCUCAGUCCAAGUUUGCAGGACUUUGUGGAAAAACUGCCCGCUUACUUGGAAAACAACAAGGACACUUUAUCGAAAGAGGAUGUUGAACGGUAUGAGAACCAAAAGAAGCUGAUGGAGGAGGUUUUGGAGGAGCUGAACCAGGAAAAGGACACUGACAGUAUCGAAGUGAAAAAGGACCGGUUUUCAAAGGUGCUGGCGCUGAUGAGUAAGCUGCAAGACUACGGUCAACCUCCAGUGGAACUAAUGGGGGACGUGGAUACUCCUUUCGCGUUUGACCCAUCAGGAAACCCAAGUGCAUUGCCCGUUGCUGAUCCGGCAGCUAAUCCGGAAUGCUCGAUUAUGUGAUUCACGUAUGUCUUUGUAGAUAGUAGGAAUUUUAGUCAUUUUACCCUGAGGCCAGGAAAUUUGGGUUGUUGUGUUUUUUGAUCGAAGAAUGAAACAUUCUGAAAAAGGCAAUUUAGGUGGAUCACCUAGUGAAACUUGUUUCAAAUAAAAAUAAAUCUAGACUGAUUAAAGGAGCACGGACCCCAGGCAUUAUGACGACAUAUAAAAUAUUCAAAUUAUUUACGUUGUGCUUUGUUGGUUGUUUUUAUUAUUUAAUUGUUAUUUUUUGUGUUAGAGGAAAGUAGUUUUCUGUUGAUGUUUUUUAAACGGUGCCCCAGCAUUUAAUAUGCACCAAGAACAACAUCGCAUUUAAAAACGUUGCCAAAACCAUCUAAACGAGUUGUACAGUGCGAGCCAAGUAAACUAAACAGCCAGUUUUGCAAACAGUAUUUAUUAAGUUAGUGCUUUCAAAACAGUUUUCAAUAUAAAGCUUAAUAAAUCGAAUAUAAUACAUUCUCAUAGAA